AUGUAUCCCCCAGACUGGCAGGCCAAGGCCGUGAAGUCCGGUCUGCCUCUUCCGGGGCCCGAGAGCGGCCUAUACAGCCAGUACGAGCAGAAGGUGAGCCCCUGCCCUGACCUCAUCGGCUCCCUGCGGACCCUGGGUGUGGAGCGGGACCUGGCCCCGGCCACCAUCGCUGUCAUCGGGGACCAGAGCUGGGGCAGGAGCUCCUGCUGGACACUCUGUCGGGGUCGCCCUCCCCAGAGGCAGUGCCAUCGCUCGGCCGGUUUCCGUCGGGGCCCGGAACCUGAUGGCCCACUCCUGACUCCAGACCUUGUCCAGUGGUCUGUGGCAGCCCAGAACACCAUAGCUGGCCUUGGAGUUAGCAUCAGCCAUGAGCUCAUCAGGCUGGAGAUCAUCCCUGAGGUUCUGGAUCUGACCCUCAUUGAUCUUCCCAGCAUCACCAGCGUGGCCGUGGGAAACCAGCCCCAGGACAUCGGACUGCAGGCAAGGCUUCUGGUUCACUCAUACAUCCAGGGGCAACAGACCAUCAACUUGGUGGUGGUCCCCUGUAAUGUGGACGUUGCCAGCACAGAGGCAGUGAGUGUGGCUCGGGAGGUGGACCCUGAUGGAGACAGGGCCAGAGGAAUCCCGACCAAAGCAGAUGUAGGGCAAGGCACCGAAAAAGUUGUCGUGAGUGUGGUGCGAAAUAUCACGUCCCGUCUCGAGAAGGGUUACAGGAUAGCGACGUGCGAGCCGGCAGGAGAUCAGAUCACGAACAAGCUGACGUUGGCAGAGGCAACGAAGGAAGAAAUGUUCUUCCAGACACAUCGGUAUUUCAGUGCUGUGGAGAAGCUUUUCCACUUCCACUAA